AUAUCCAUUCCAUUACGUCACCAGCAAACGAACAUAAUGUAGAUUGACAGUUGGGCGUUUUAAUAAAAUACUCUUUAUUUUUUUAAAAUACCGGACUGGUCCAAUCUUACAAUAAACUAUUUAACGUAGUGUAGUUUUCGUAAUUUAUUGUUAGUGAUAGUUUUUUUAUACAAUUUAGAUAGACCCAAACCGAGUAUGGCAGACAGAAAAGCGGAAUUAGAACGUAAGAAAGCCAAACUACAAGCACUGAGGGAGGAAAAAGAUCGAAGACGUCGGGAGAAGGAACUGAAAGAGGUCGAGGAGGCUGCUAGCAGAACUCUUCUGGGAGGAGGUGGCGAUAGGAAAGAAUUAGACGAUUUGCUAAGGGAAGUUGGUGUAGCGCCUGUUUCUGAAGUGUUUUCUAGUAUAUCCAGUGCAAAUUCACUCACGCCAGAGCCUAGUCGAAACCACACACCAGACACUUCACUGCAACCGCAUAUUUUAACCAACAAUGUAACAGCUGUAAAAAAGAAGCUUCCCCAACUUACAGUUGUUCCAGUACAAACUACAAACAUUCCCCCCAAGGAAGUUGUUGUCUACACGAAGCAGACCCAGACAACAACUACUGGACAUGAUGUCAGAGACGGAUCUUCCUGUUCUUCUUCCCCGCUUAAAGGCUACAUGGAGGACUGGUGGAGGCCCAGGAAAGCCCACGCGACCGAUUACUACGACGAAUACAAUCUUAACCCUGGUUUAGAAUGGGAGGAUGAGUUUACAGUUUUGACGUAUGACGAUGGCCACGAAGGAGAGGAUGAGGAGGGCAGUUUACCGCCACAUCUCGGAGGAUAUGGUGGGAGCAAGCUACCGCCCGGAAUCCUACCGCACGGUCUUCCCCAAGUCAAGGAGGUCCAGCCAGCGGUUACGGCUUUGGAACAGGAACAGAAGAAGGAGGAGGUCAAAGAAAUUAGGGAACUGAGCGAGGAGGAGAAGCAGAUGAUCAUACUUUCAGAGGAAUUCCAACACUUCAUAGAUAGGGCCGGAAGAGUAAUGGAGAGGGCUUUAUGCGAAAGUGUCGACAUUUAUAUGGAUUAUACAGGCAGCUUAGGAGAGGAAGGACUGGACGAAAAAUCUCACCAACGUAUCUCGUUCCAUCGGAACUUCUUCGACGAACGAUGGUCCCGAAACCGCACCGUCACAUCUCUAGACUGGUCCCCACAAUUCCCCGAGCUCCUUCUUGCAGCUUAUAACAAUAACGAAGAAUCUCCCAACGACCCGGACGGUACCGUUCUAAUUUGGAAUACCAAAUUCAAGAAGACGACGCCGGAGUACGUAUUCCAUUGUCAAAGUGCCGUAUUAUCAGCAACGUUCGCCAGGUUCCAUCCGAAUCUCAUACUUGGAGGAACCUAUUCGGGACAGAUAGUGUUGUGGGAUAAUAGGGUACAGAAAAGGACGCCCAUCCAGAGGACUCCUUUGUCUGCAUCGGCCCAUACACACCCUGUAUAUUGUAUGAGCGUCGUAGGCACGCAAAACGCACACAAUUUGAUCAGCAUCUCCACUGACGGCCGACUCUGUUCUUGGUCUCUGGAUAUGCUGGGGCAACCUCAGGAGAUAUUAGAACUACACAGAAUGCAAUCCAAACCAGUCGCGGUAACAUGCUUGGACUUCCCCCAUUCGGACGUCAACAACUUUGUGGUGGGAAGCGAAGAAGGGUCUGCAUAUUCGGCGUGCAGGCACGGAGCAAAAGCGGGAAUCACGGAUACGUACGAUGGCCAUCAAGGUCCUGUAACUGGGAUCAGCGUGAAUGGUGUCCAAGGCGGUAUAGAUUUCUCGCAUAUGUUCCUCACGUCGUCGAUAGACUGGACCAUCAAGUUAUGGAGCUUAAAGGAUUCAAAACCAAUAUACUCAUUUGAAGACAACGGUGACUACGUUCUCGAUGUGAAAUGGUCACCUACGCAUCCAGCCCUAUUCGCAGCAGUAGACGGCAGUGGUCGGUUAGAUUUGUGGAACUUAAAUCAAGAUACGGAAGUGCCUGCGGCUAGUAUCAACGUAGAAGGGAACCCCGCAUUGAACAAGGUCUCAUGGACCCCCAACGGCCUGCAAGUAACAGUCGGUGAUAACCAAGGGAAGAUAUGGGUGUACGAUGUCGCAGAGACUUUCGCCCAUCCUAGGCACGACGAAUGGAACAAAUUCCUUUAUACGACGCAAGAACUGAGGAAUAACCAAGUCGAUGAUGAUCUAGAAAAAUUAAAUAUUUCUGUGCCGAAUACGUCGUUAGGUAGCAUGACUUCUCUAUCGUUAACGCCCCUUCGAUAAGUUAUUUAAAUAAAUCCAUAGUCUAAUUAUAUAAAUAAAUAACGAGUACGAGGCAGAUGUAUAUUCUAUUGAGCCAUAAGAAAGGACGAGGUAAAAAGUCACAUGGUUUUGAGUCUGUGAUAAAAGAGGGACGUAAGUUUAUUGUAGAGAACCUUUUCCUUCUGCUGUAAUGCAUUUUGCAGCUUUUUUCUUCUACUAUCUAAAAUAUUUAGAUGCCAGCAUGUAGUUUAAUUCAAUUAAUUGAUGAGAAGCUGAUUUGUGAACAGGAAUAACACCAAAUUAAUCGCAAGCAAGAACAAAAAAAUCACAUGAUGUCAAGUCUGUUCUAGCACAUGCAGGGAUAGAAGAAAACAUAUUGUAAAAUGCAAAAUUCCGGUGUAUUGUCUUUAAUUUGUAUAGUAACUUCCUUCUUGUGAUUUGAUGGUUUACACAAAGCCCCCUACUCGUUCAUAGCGCUUCUAGCCCAUUUAUGCAUGCGAAAAAUCUAUAAAUACCAUUGGGAGAUGUGUGUAGUGUCCCUGCCAAAAAUAACCCAUGUUAAGUUAAAAGUGGUACUUAACAGAAAAAAAUGUAACAGAACACGAACCGUUUUUAUUGCUAAGUUUAAUUUAUAUAUUUGAGAAAAAAUGUAGCUUAUAUUCUGUAAAUAAAAAUCUGUUUUUUUAUUAAUGCAAA